AUGGAGUACAACCUAGGGGUUCCGCUUUAUCUACCAUAUUCAAGAGAUAUCAGUGAAACAAGAGUCCGACCUUGGGAUAAUCUUUUGGGUAAAUCCCAUGCAUUGAUAUAUUGCUUAAAUCAAAUGAUGGCUACUAAUGAAGAGAUUUCAUGUCCAAAAAAUGAUUUCAGUUUCUUCGAUUUUGCAAGGUAUAACCUGGAUCUUUUUCCACUAAAAUUUUCAAGCAAAACCAUAAAAGGCAGCAAGGCAAGUGGAGAACUAUCAUCAAAUAUCCAGUCAGAUGAAUUGAAUGAUUCUCAAAAGUUGAAGGAAUGA